GACCGGGUGUGCAUGCAGGAGGAAGAAAAGGAGCGUGUACGACAAGCAGAGGAAUUUGAGAAGGAGCCCCUAUGUCAGGAGCCAGACCUUGAAGCAAGAGGUAGACUCACACACAUCGCACUGGGGGAGGAGGAAUGGAAACAUUCAGACUUCAUCACCCACCAGCGAGUGAAGGAGCUCGGAAAUAGUCUCAACGUCAGUUCUCAUAUGCAGUUCAUGCCUCAGGAUGUCAUUGACUUGCGUGGUCGUGUGUGGCUGGCUGUUAAGGAGAUAGCAGCUGCCGAUAAGGAAUCUUUCAAUCGUCAGAUAAGUAUGUCUCGAAGUGGUUCUCGACGCGGUGACCACUGGAACCAAGAACACGGCCCUGAUGGCUGGGCUGUUAUGGGUGGCAAUUCUGUUCCAUGGGCACCUCCCCAGGCUCGUGAUCUGUCGCAGUUUGGGAAAAUCUUCAAUGGCCCAGCCAUGGGAAUGGUGAUGUGUUCAAGCGGCGUCUUCAUGGCUGGCAAGAAGGACAGCAAGCAGGAGACACUUUCCCGGACGAAUUCGGUUCCAUGUGCUCAGUCAGAACCUGAAUUCGCCGCUAAGGCCUCUACGAAACCUGGUCGUUGGUCGAGUCGGAAACUGAACUGCAGGAGGCUCCUGGACCAGCUUCUUUCACGGUCCGUUCAUACUACUGAAGAGCAUGCCACAACUCCUUCUGAAGAAGAACCUUCAAGAGGUGGAGAUCUACUUACCAAUCUUCUUGACGAGCAUCGCUUCCGGCUCGUGGACAAGCUGCUUGCGUCCGCGCUCGAGAGCAAGGAGGCAGAUGUGAGGUUGGUCACUGAUUUCUUCGCGCAGGCUACGAAUAACAGACAGUGUGCACUUGAGGUCAUUGAGGGAGGGUUCAUGCCUAUGGCGGAAUUUUCCAGCAAUAUUGUCAUUGAUGCUCUCAAGGCGUUUGACUGCAUGACCAUUAUACUUGAGGGUGCUGGAUUCGAGAAUGACCCUGGGAGACUCCAAUGA